UUUUAGUUUUGCCGUCUGCUUAGUCGUAAUUGUAAAUACCCUACCCAGAAUGUAAAUCGUUAUCAGUAUCUUUUCCAUUUCCGUCGAUAUCUCGUUUCUCGGUGGCACUGGUUACAGCGCAUACGGUCAUAGCAAGUUUCAAACAAUUUAAGGUAAAUUUGUUGUUAAUCACAGUCGUACAGUCAUCACGUUGGAGCGUAUCAGUAUACAACGUCAACCUAUUUUUGUUGAAAACUUUUAGCAAUUAUUGGAAAGAAAAGGCUGUGAACUCGUGUUUCUCACCGUUGACAGUAGGCAGUGUCCGAACAGCUUGCUUGCAAUCACUUAGCCGUGUAUGUGCGUGUGCGCGCGUGUGUGUAAAAUAAUGCGCGCGGACGACCUAGUUAUGCGAUACACCGCCGUCGGUUGAACGUCCCCCGCAUGUCGGUGUCGUUUUUGACCACAUUGCAUUACUAUCGCCCUAGUCAAGUGAUUACAUUUGUGAAUAGUUUUCAUGAUCUAUUAUACGUAUACCAUAUUGUCGAUAAUCCAUUUGUAAAAAAUAGUUAACUGAAAACAAAACGAAAUUUUAUCGAUUGUCAUGUCCGAUGAUCAUAGUUGCUGUAAAAGUGACGACGACGACGGUAGCAAGGACUAUUUUUAUUGUGGCAUAGUGACUGCCACCCUCGUUAUAAUGAAUCUUCCAAAGCCUGCAAAGUGAUAAUGAUUUCCACCGAGUCUAGGCUGGUGAUCAGGCUGGCCUAGGUUGAAAUAGGUGGUGAUCCGUUCGCCUUCAUUUAUCAUUUUUCACAUUUUGUUAUUUGAUACCCCCCCUCGUGUUUUUCACGAAUUGUUGAUAAACAAAUUUUGUGUUGUCAUAAACUUGUUUACUAUGGCUGAUUUGGAGGCCGUGUUGGCCGAUGUUAGCUACCUGAUGGCUAUGGAGAAGAGCAAGUGUACACCUGCUGCUAGAGCCAGUAAAAAAAUUAUACUACCAGAUCCAAGUGUACGCAGUGUGAUGCAUAAAUACUUAGAGAAAAAAGAAGAAGUAAAUUUUGAUAAAAUUUUCAAUCAGGUUUUAGGUUAUUUGUUAUUUAAAGAUUUCUGUGAGCAUUUACCAGAAGAUGAGCAAAUACCAGAAAUAAACUUUUAUGAUGAGAUAAAAAGGUAUGAAAAAUUAGAAUCUAUUGAUGAUAGAAGAAAAUUAGCAAGAGACAUCUACGAUAAUUACAUAAUGAAAGAACUUUUGUCACAUACUCAUAAUUAUCCUAAAGAUGCAGUGGCUCAUGUUCAGAAAUACUUGAUGAAAAAUGAAGUACCAGUCAAUUUAUUUGAACCUUAUAUUAAAGUGAUUUUUAAUCAUCUUCGAGAAGAACCAUUUAAGAAAUUUUUAGAGAGUGACAAGUACACAAGAUUUUGUCAGUGGAAAAAUCUAGAACUAAAUAUUUCUUUAACAAUGAAUGACUUCAGUGUCCAUCGUAUUAUAGGAAGAGGUGGUUUUGGUGAAGUGUAUGGUUGUCGGAAAGCUGAUACAGGCAAGAUGUAUGCAAUGAAAUGUCUUGAUAAAAAAAGAAUAAAAAUGAAGCAAGGAGAAACAUUAGCCUUAAAUGAACGUAUUAUGUUAUCAUUAGUUAGUACUGGGGUCGAUUGUCCUUUUAUUGUAUGCAUGACGUAUGCAUUUCAUACGCCGGACAAACUUUGCUUUAUAUUAGACUUAAUGCAUGGUGGUGACUUGCAUUAUCACUUAGCACAACAUGGUGUUUUUAAUGAACUUGAUAUGAAAUUCUAUGCUGCUGAAGUUAUACUUGGUUUAGAACAUAUGCAUAGAAGGUUCAUUGUGUAUCGAGAUCUUAAACCUGCUAAUAUUUUACUAGAUGAAUAUGGACAUGUACGAAUAUCAGAUUUAGGUUUAGCCUGUGAUUUUUCUAAGAAAAAACCACAUGCUAGUGUAGGAACACAUGGAUAUAUGGCUCCUGAAGUAUUAUCCAAAGGAACAGCUUAUGAUUCUAGUGCAGAUUGGUUUUCUUUUGGUUGUAUGUUGUAUAAAUUAUUAAAAGGUCAUAGUCCAUUUCGACAGCAUAAGACUAAAGAUAAACAUGAAAUUGACCGCAUGACCUUAACAAUGUUUGUGUUUCAGAAUGUAGAACUUCCUGAUUCUUUUUCUAAAAGUCUAAAAGAUCUCUUAGAAGGUCUUUUACAACGUGAUAUAAAUGAAAGAAUUGGUUGUAGAGGAAAAGGGUCAGAAGAAUUAAAGGAACACCAGUUUUUUGCGGGCUUAGAUUGGCAACAAGUUUAUUUACAAAAGUAUACACCACCAUUAAUACCACCUAGAGGAGAAGUUAAUGCUGCUGAUGCUUUUGACAUUGGUUCAUUUGAUGAAGAAGAUACUAAAGGCAUUAAGUUAACUGAUGCAGAUCAAGACCUUUAUAAAAAUUUUUCAAUUACUAUUUCUGAAAGAUGGCAAAAUGAAGUAGCUGAAACUGUUUUUGACACAGUUAACACAGAAGCUGAUAAAGCUGACCUUAAAAGAAAAUCACGCCAAAAAAAAUUUAACGAACAUAAUGAAGAAGAAUCUGAUUGUAUUCUUCAUGGGUAUAUCAAAAAACUUGGUGGACCUUUUGCUUCAGCAUGGCAAACUAGGUAUGCAAAACUGUAUCCUAAUCGUUUGGAAUUGCAUUCUGAUUCUGGUUCAGUUAAAACUGAAGUAAUUACUUUGGAUCAAGUAUUAGAAGUAAGUCCUGAACUAGUUAUUGUUAAAAAUGAACAGUGUAUUGUUCUACGUAUGAAAGACGGAAAAGAUGGAAAACUAGUUUUAACUAACAGUGAUGAAAUUGGUUUAAAAGAGUGGGCAUUGUCUCUUCGGUCAACUCAUAAAUCUACGCAUGAUCUGAUUAAAAAAUUGAAAAAACCCUUUGGUAAAAUGUUUAUUCAAGAAGAAGCGGAUUCUUUGACAUCCUCAACAAACACCAAUGGCAAUUAAUUGAAUUUGUGAUGUAUACACAUUUUAAUUAAUUAUAGAAUCUCAUGUAGCUUUCUACUCUUUCAGAAUUUUGGUAAUAAGUGGCUUUUUCUUCCUUUUUACCUUCAUAUCUAUGGGUUUCAAUUUUGUUUAAUUUUUAAUUUAAGGUUAGUGUGGCGCUACUUGAUAAGACUGUGGUGUUCUUUCUUUUUAUUGGGCUAUAAAAAAAAUAUAGUUUGACAUUUUUAAAUAAGAGAAUUGUUUUAAAUACUA